AUGACCAUCCCUCCUACUACUACAACCGAUCCUCUCCCCCUCCCAUCCCCCUUCUCCACCAUCCCCCGAACCCCCCUCCUGCUAGGCCCCUCCCCCAUCCACGCCCUCCCCCGCAUAACCGCCGAUCUCGCCCUCAACAACCCCCACCCCCCAGUAACCAUCUACGCCAAGCGCGACGACCUCAACUCCGCCUACGCCUACGGCGGCAACAAGACCCGGAAACUGGAGUACCUGCUCGCCGACGCCCUCGCCCAGGGCUGCGACACGCUCGUCUCCAUCGGCGGCGUCCAGAGCAACCAUACCCGCCAGGUCGCCGCCGUCGCAGCGCGGAGCGGCCUCAAAGCCCGACUCGUGCAGGAGCACUGGGUCGAAUGGGAGGAUAAGGGGUACGAGGCCGUGGGCAACAUCCAAUUGUCCAGGCUGAUGGGCGCAGACGUGAGACUCGAUCCGUCGGGGUUUGGCAUCGAGCAUAAGAAUACCGUGCAGGCCGUCGUGGACGAGUGCAAGGCUGCGGGUGAAAGGCCAUACUACAUUCCGGCGGGGGCAUCGGACCAUCCACUCGGCGGACUGGGAUUUGCGCGGUGGGCGUUCGAAGUCCGGCAGCAGGAACGGGAAAUGGGUGUGUUCUUCAACACGGUGCUUGUCUGCGCCGUGACGGGGUCCACUUUUGCGGGCAUGAUUGCUGGCUUCAAGUUACUCGAGAAAAUGUACCCCGAUGAUCCCAAGCGCAAGGUUAUUGGGAUCGAUGCCUCGGCGACGGUGGAAGCCACUCGGGCGCAGGUGCUUCGGAUUGCGCGCAACACUGCGGCCCAGAUUGGGCUGAAGGAGGAGGAUAUCACGGACGAGGAUGUGAUUCUGGAUGACAGGUAUCAUGCGGGGAUUUAUGGGGUCCCUGAUCGAGAGACCUGGGAGGCGAUUGAGUAUGCGGCUCAGAUGGAGGCUUUCAUUACGGAUCCCGUGUAUGAGGGGAAGAGUUUUGCGGGUAUGGUGGACAUGAUUCGGAAGGGGGAGAUUGAGGGGGGAAAUAUUUUGUAUGCUCAUUUGGGUGGCCAGUUGGCUUUGAAUGCGUAUUCGGAGCUUGGUCAUGUUAAGGAGGAGUAGGGGGAGGGUGAGGAUGGAUGUAGCAAGUCGCUCAUGUGACGACGGUACUAUGACUACUCUUGAGUAUUUGGCAAUAACAUUAUUUGAGAAAAUCAAUUUCAAA